AAUCGUUUAAAUCCUCAAAUUAAUUGAUACUAUAAUAUUUUCUAUACUAGGACAUUUAUAAAUUGACGAUAGUUUGUUAUAAUUUAUUCCCGAAGAGAGUAUACCAAAACUGUGAGUCAUCUGUGCGGUCCUCCUGGAUCCAAAGCGCGUGACUCCCCUCAUCACAUGACGACGACUACCACUAACCUAGAGAGCGAGCGUACCAGAGCAGCGAAAAAGUAUAAACAAAGGCUAAUACAGCAACAAGACUACUUUUGUGAAUUAAUUAGAAAUUAGAACCUGUGUGUGCAUUGGCGACUUAUUUCCCAUGCUUUUAAGAAAAAUGAUCAUGAUCUAUUUUCGAGACAUUUGUUCGUGCUGUGCUAGGGGUUAGCCUUUCAUUACAUUAAUGUAUUUUGUGAUGUUUUGAUGCAAUCUGAAUACCUGUAAUUUGUUGCAGUGAUUGUUCACGCUGCUUAAAUCAAGAUGAAUGCUCUGGUAGCUCUCUGUCAUUUCUGUGAGCUCCAUGGCCCCCGGACCUUGUUCUGCACCGAGGCUCUGCACCCCCCGUCCCCCACACCCUCCCAAGCUGGCGCCCCCAUACCCGGGGACAGAGAGUCGGACAGAGAGGGAGAGGGACUCACCAUGAGGGCAAACAGCUCAGCUACACAGAGAGGAGACAUGUGCGAGGGCUGCCGGUCUCUCCCAGCGUCUCACCCUGGCUUCGUCAGUGUGGACAGUGAGACAGGCAUCCGGUUCCUCAGCCACCAACACCCCAGACAACCCCAGCUCUUCAGUGUGGUCCGCCAGGCCUGUGUACGGAGCCUCAGCUGUGAGGUGUGUCCAGGUCGUGAGGGUCCUAUCUUCUUUGGGGAUGAGCAGCAUGGUUUUGUGUUCUCUCACACGUUCUUCAUCAAGGACAGCCUGGCCCGGGGCUUUCAGCGGUGGUACAGUAUCGUCAUGGUAGCCAUGGACAGGAUCUACCUCAUCAACUCCUGGCCCUUCCUGCUGCGCCACCUCAGACUCACGAUACAGAGUCUACAGAGCACAGCACUGAAGGUGUUUGACAGUGAGCAGUGUGUGUGUCCUCAGAGGGCGGUGAGGAUGAACAGCGUGUUCUCUCCUGCUGUCUUCCCCCACCAGAGGAGUGGUAACGCGGCCCGCUCCCUGCCCUCCCUCACCCAGCACACCAACCUCUGGGCCAGCCUACACUCCUCCUUCAGCUGGUUACUGAAGGCCUGUGGUAGUCGUCUGACAGAGAAGCUGCUGGAGGGAGCUCCCACAGAGGACACACUGGUUCUUAUAGAGAGACAGACAGAGCAAGAGGAGGAAAUGAGUUGCUGGGAAGGAGCAGAAGGGGGCGGGUCUAGACCCCAGUGCCACCAAUCGGAGAGCGAGCUGUACAGAGACUUCUUGUUUGACGAGGGGAAAGCAGAGGGGUAUCCUGGUCCAAAGUUCAGGUCCUUGAGACAUUUAAGACAGGUGCUCGGGACCACUGAUUUCCGCCAGCUAGCAUGGCACGUGCUCAUGGGAAAUCAGGUCAUAUUGAGAGGAGCUGACCCAGGGCUCAUCCAUUCAGCAUUCACCAUGUUGAAGGCCUUGCUCCCGGUGGGCUGUGUCCGCUCUGUGACGUACAGCGCCCAGUAUGAGGAAGCAUACCGAUGUAACUUCCUGGGCCUCAGCCCUGACGUGCCCAUCCCCACACACGUCAGCUCCUCAGAGUUCUCAGUGUUGGUGGAUGUGGUCAGUCUGGAGAGGGGUUCUCUGUACUCUGCUGCUUGUGGUGAAGACAUCCUCUCACUCUAUCAGUUCAACAUCAGCAGUACCAACUCACAGCCUACAGAUAAAGGUCCCACGUUGUUGAAUAAGAUCGAGGUGGCGUUGUCCAAUGAGAACCUGUCAGUGGACGUGGUCUCUCACUGUCUGCUGUGUCUGAAGGAGGAGUGGAUGAAUAAAGUGAAGGUGCUGUUUAAGUUCUCCAAGGUAGAUGGGCGUGGGAGGGAGGACACCCAGAAGGUGUUGGCCCUGCUGGGUGCCACGGGGCCUGGAGAGGAGGACAACGUCAGGCUGCUCAAGUUCUGGAUGACGGGACUCAGCAAGACCUACAAGAGCCAUCUGAUGACCGCUGUCAGAGGAGGGGAGAGGCCCCUUAGCCAGUGAGAGAGCAGUGGAGGAGAAGAUGGGAGGUAGUGGGAGAGACCAUACAGCUGGAGUGUAAUAUACUGUAUCUCAGUAUAGGAGGCUGGUGGGAGGAGGUAUAGGAGGGUGGGCUCAUUGUAAUGGCUGGAAUGGAUUAAAUGGAACGGAAUCAAACGUGAUUUCCAUAUGUUUGACACUGUUCCAUUUAUACCUUUCCAGCCAUUACAAUGAGCCCUUGCUAUAGCUCCUCCUACCAGCCUCCUCUGCAUGCACCUACUACUGUAUUUGGACAGACAGAGAGAAAGGGAAAGAAAACAAGUGUGAAUGAGUGAGUAGUGACAGAUAGACUGACUGAGGGAUAUGUUUGUGUCCAGGUGCUGACUUGAUUGAAAUCCAUCCUUCACAAUAAAGAACAAAAAGCCACUUCAUGGGUCAGUUUUAAAUUAAUAAUUUAUUCAGAUACAGUAAUUAGUAUCUGUUUUUUUUUUAUUAAUCAAAGGGAAUUAUUAUAGAACACUAUCCACAAUUUUAUGUCUAACUUAUCAUACAAGUUUCAAUAGUUUGUUAACACAUUGUACAGAGAUAUUCAAAUAAAAUAACUGCUUGAGCUGAAACUGAAA